UGUCUUCCGCAUCACCACUCGCAUAAACAAAAAACUGUAUUCCGAAGCAAUGUAUCCUGCCGCCCCGCCCGACGCGUAUAACAAGUACAGCACCGGAGCUCCGCCAACGGCGCCGCCGCCGGCAGCAUACCAACACGGGAUGAACAUGAACCCUUCACGCCCCGGCGGCGCGCUGAGGACGUGGUCCACCGGCCUUUUCCACUGCAUGGACGACCCGGGGAACUGUCUCAUCACAUGCCUGUGCCCCUGUAUCACGUUCGGGCAGAUCGCUGACAUCGUGGACGAAGGCACCUGCUCAUGCAUUGCGAGUGGAAUGAUUUAUGCGCUCAUCUGCGCCUCGACGGGGAUGGGGUGCCUGUACUCGUGCCUCUACCGCUCCAGGCUGAGGGCUCAGUACGACCUGGACGAGGGGGAGUGCCCCGACUUCCUGGUGCACUGCUGCUGCGAGCACCUGGCGCUGUGCCAGGAGUACCGGGAGCUCAAGAACCGCGGCUUCGACCUGGGGAUCGGUUGGGAUGCCAACAUCGACCGGCGGAGGCGAGGCGUUACCGGCGGCGCGGUGAUGGGGGCGCCGGCCAUGUCGCACGGCAUGACGAGAUGAUGCAUUGGUGGAUGUGAAAUGGCGGUGCUUUGCUUUUGUGAUCCUUGAGUUUGCUCUGUCCUGUGGCUUUUUCUCGUCAAGAAAUCAGACAGCCUGGUUUCAGUCGGGUGUGUGGUAACUGCGCAUUGUCUACUUAGCAUCUGUAAUGUAUUCUAACUAAGCGGAUUACAUGUAAUCUUAUUAUACUAGAGCUGGGGUAAAGGUCAUCACCGGUUGAGCCACGUCGGCAAGAAGUCGUAGACCGUCGGAUUGGUGUAUGUCAUGCUGUGAACAACUUCUUCACUCCAGAGAAACUGUGAACAGGCCUUUACUCUUUGCUCUUCAAAA